UGUAAACAGUCCUACUCCAGCUAGCCUCCCCAGUGGCAGUUUGUCGAGCUAGCUGACGUGAUGUGCCAGCGUUUUAUAUUUCGCUGUGAACAUCUUUCAUUCGUUGUUGUAAAGUUUGUCAGUAAACAGUCCAAGUAGCUAUCAGAUGAUGUUAUGAAUUAUUUAUUGGGACUUUAAGAGACCGCUUCAAAUCGCUCUCUUAUCUUGGAGUUUAAGCUAGCUUUAGCUAUUUAACUAAUUUCUAGGAGAAAGGAUAAGGCACAGUAUUACUUCAGCUUCUGUAUAUUUUUAAUGCGAAGAGCUCAUUCGACUCUGUGCUGAAAUGGUGCUCUCCUUGGUGAGCCUUUGUGCCAGGGAGGUGGUGAGUGACCACAGCUCGUCGCCCUGCUGGCUGAGAUGUGUACCCAGGGAGCUAUUCAGGCCGCUGCUGGAGGCGGCCUUCACCAGCUGCAGACCGCUGGCUGUGGGAGAACUGGCGCAGAGAUGGCCUGAACGUACCCUGCGCAUUGGAGGACGAAGAAAACGAGGCCAAACUGCGCCAAACCGACUCUGCAUACAGGCUCUAUUACUUGCAGUUGUCAGAGGGCUCUCGGACCAAAGGUGUGCUCUGCAAGUACUGGAUCUCUGUGGGCUGCCAGGAGAUGAUGGAGGAAUGGGAGACUCAAUGGGAGGCUGGUCUCUCACUGUGGCUCUUUGCUCUAUGGUUGUUCAGGCUAGGGCUGCAGGACAGAGGGCACAGAGGAAAGACAGAGAGCGAGAGAGAAAAAGGUUCUCAGCUCUGGAGAGACAAAAAGAUUUAAAGAGAGAGAGGGGACAGUUGAAGAGGGAGAAGGAACCAAAUGGUGAUGAGGCAAGCAAUGACACAUUGGUGGGGGUUCUGGGUGAAGAGGAGCUGAUUAAAGGAGUCAGGAGGAGGAUGGAGAUACAGAGGAAAAAAGAGAGUGCACUGACAGGUGUUGCAGACACAACAAAAGAAAAUGAGGAAAAUGAUUUAAGAAGUAAUGUGUUGGUCCAUGUGAGAGCUGAUCUCUUUGUCAAUGCACGAUCUUGGGAGCGUGUUCACAUGGCUCUCAGCACAUCAGGUCCCCUCAAGCUUCAGUGCAGAUACCUUCGUGUGGAGGAGAUAUCUGUAUCAAUUAUCAAAAGUCUGCUGGACCUCCUACCUCGUCAAGGUCUCCUUGGCAUCGAUGUCCGCUACAGCAGUCUCCGGGUGGCUGGCUUGGCCGAGCUGCUGCCACUUCUCUCCACCUUCCCUGCACUGAACUCCCUUCGGCUACACUAUUGUAAUUUGAAUUUUCGCAGAGUCCAUCCUGGCCAAGAAGAGGCACUGAAGAACCUGUCACAGGGUCUGGCACAGCUGCAUGAACUGCAAAGCCUCAGCCUCACUGCACUGCACCUGCCUGGACAACUCCGUGCGCUGCUCAGCUCACUGCCUAAGCCUCUAGAGAUACUGGAGCUGCUGUAUUUGAGCCUAAGCCCAGCUGACCUUGCCUACCUGUCCUGCAGCCACCAUGCUUCCACACUACAACAGCUGGAUCUAAGUGAAAACCAUCUGAAUGAAAACACCCUGCUGUCUAUUUGCCGCCUCCUCUCACAGGCUUCCAGCAGCAUGCAGCACCUCUCUCUAAGCGGCUGUGGCCUCACUGACACCCUGCUGGGGGGCUGCCAGGCCCUCAGGACGUUGGCAUUGGCCCUGAACCUCCUGCUACCCUCGCUGGGGGGCUGCCAGGUCCUCAGGACGUUGGCAUUGGCCCUGAACCCAGUCUCCAUGGCUGGCCUCAUGGAACUGGUGAGGAUGGCUGUGCGAAUGCCGUCCCUCCGUCAGUUACUGUACCCUAACCCCCUGGAGGACUACCAGCCAGGGCUUCCUGAUCUGCCCUCCAGCUCUCAGCUCUUAGACUGGCCUCUGGAUGAAGCCACAGCCAUCAGCAGGACCAGCAACCAGCUCAGCCAGGUCCUGAUAGAGAGUAGACGCUCUGACCUCUUUCUUACCUGUGACCUGCUCAAUUAUGAUAAAGACUCAGUGGAGUAGAGCAGAAGUCAGGGGAAGAACACUGGUGCUUUACUCACUGACACAUAGCAGAGCAAUGUCUGUAAGCCUGACAAUCACAUGAAGGAUUUAAUUAUUUCUAUGUUUUUUUUCUUUUAUGGAUAAAGACCCAAUAAUCACCAAAUCAGCAAGUUUGUUUUUGUUGGCAGCAUGCGAAGGAUGAGAAGACAGCACUAAUUUUAAAGUGCAGAAUGAGGGAUAAGGUUUGUUCUUCUGGGGAUGUGGGAAUGUGCAAAGAGAAUGUGAUAACAUAAUAUGCCAUGCUUCAAACUACUUUAAUAUUUUCAUAUAUUGACUGUACCACUUAAACUAUUGGAUGUUGGUUAAUGCUGGUUUUGUACCAAAAAUGAGUCAUUACUUUAUAGUCACAUUACCAGGAUACAAAGGUUAAUGUACCUCAAAGGUCCCAGCCUGUCUGCUCGUGUGUCUUUCAAUCUGCUACUUUCUUUAUAGAAGUCAUAAAAUCUAACAUGUUAUCAGUGUGCCUACUUCAUGUGUACACUG